AAAAUUAAUUCCACCCCCUCACAAAGAAGCAGAAGUAGCGUUGAAGAAGUUUUGUCAGAGGCAGGGUUUUAGUAGGGCUCUUCGGGUUUGUGUAGGAGCAAGCGCCAUGGCGUCUUACACAAGGCUGCUGAUGAAAACCCUAAGCAGCCAUUCCUCCAUCUCCACAUCCACAGGAGGAGGGCCUUCAAUGAUAUUUAGGCGUGGCAUGCGGCAGAUCGUAAUGUCGCAGGCGGCAUUGGACGCGGCGGCUGAGAGGCGGCGGCGGAAGAGAAAGCUCCGAAUGGAACCUCCUCUAAAUGCCCUGCAGCGUAACCGUGACUACGUACGCAAGGAGCCCUAUGUUGUAUCGAAGUUCCCUGAGCCCAUCUCUGCCCUAGUGGGUGAACGCUUGGCCCUCCACAACCGUGUCCUUUCCCUCUGCCGCUCCGCUAAUCUUCCCGAUGCGAUCCUCGCCGUCCGCCAUGCUAUGUUCUCCAACUGCCGCCCCACUAUUUUCACAUGCAACGCCGUUCUCGAUCAUCUUCAAGCUACAGGUAACCAUGAAGAAGUCCUGUCCCUCUAUAAAUUCAUAACACAAUGCGGCGUCGUUCCCAACAUUGUCACAUACAACACAGUCCUGCAAACGCAUUGUGAGAAGCUUGACACUGAUGCCGCUUUUAACAUCCUCAAGGACAUUUAUACUGCGGAAAUGACGCCCAGCACUGCUACCUUUAGCCAUCUCAUUGCAUUGCAAUUUAAGUUGAAGAAGUAUGAUGAAGUCAUGAGGUUGUUCAGGGAGAUGCUGGACAAGUGCAAUGAGGCUGAUCCAGAGACUUAUGAGGCAACCAUUGAAGGAUUCGUCAAUGGUGGUGCCAUGGAUAAGGCCACAGAGGUUUAUAUGGAGAUGAGGCAACGAGGCUCAAAUUUCAGCGAGGCAGUGUUUUGCAAUCUGAUCAGAGGGUAUUUUGCAGUGGAUAGGUUUUCAGAGGCCAUGGAGGUUUUCAAUUUUAUUCCUGCUAAGCUUCAGCCCACAGUUUUAUCUUAUAAUGCUGUAAUGGAUGGGCUGUUCAAGACGGGUCGAGAUCGGGAGGGUGUGGACUUUUUUGAUGCAUUAAAAUCGAAAAAUGUUAUACCCAAUGCAUCUACAUAUGCAAGUAUCAUGAGCUGGUUGGUUGACCAGGGCAAUGUAGAUCGCGCCCUUUUCCUUUUUGAUCAUAUGGAUGAAAACUGCGCUCCAGAUACUGCAGUGUACAAUAUCUUGCUGAAUGGUCAUUUCAAGGGGCAUGUGAAUGAUCUGGCAUCUAGACGAAUUGACUAUCUGGUUGAGCAUAUGAUGAAGAAGUGCUGCGAGCCUAAUGCAGUAACAUAUAAUAUAUUGAUUGAUGGAUUCUUUAAGGAGGGCAAAUCGGAGGAGGCCUUAAAGAUGUUAAGGAAAAUAAUGGAGAGUGGCUUCAGGCCUGAGGUUGGCGUCUAUAACAAAUUAUUCAGUCAGUUGGGUAGUGAGGGGAAAUUAGAUGAUGCCCAAGAACUCUUUCAAGGAAUGGUCGAUGGAGGUCAGAACCCUGACGCCAUGACUUGUGAUAUAUUAACAGAGGAAUUUGGCAAAAGAGAUAGAGCGAAUGAGGUUAGAAGGCUUUUUGAAUACGUUGUUGAGAAGGGUAACCUAAGUGAGGAACUUGUGGCUCGGCUUGGUGUGACAACACAAGAACCAAAGGCACAAGCACAAGUCUUGGGUGCUGCCAAUGUGGGGAAACCAGAGAUUGAAACAGAAGAAAUUAGGGUAAUAAACAAAGAGGAGCCAAAGAUGGAGGCUAUUUUGUAGGCUUCUUUGAUACAGUAUGUUAGGGGGGUUUUGUUGCAGAUGUUUUGACGACAGUCAUAAACUCCAUCGUGUAUUUUUUGUAUUGCACACUAUCGACCAUGCAACUGCCAAAGCAUAUGUCGGUUUGCAGUUAGUGCACAUUCGUAACUGAUCAGAAUGAACUAAUAUGCAAUCGCGUAUUGGAUAAGUUGGUGAUUACAGUACUUUGAGAAUGUUACAUACAUUUGGUUUGCGAUUAUGAGAUUGCAAUCUUGAAUUUAGCCAUCAGAGUGUAUGGAUUUAUGGAUCUUCCCUAAAAUCAAUAAUAAAUCCCACUGUGCUCUGCUUUCCGAAAUGAUGCGUCUUUGCGUGUGACAUUUAUGUUUCUGCUAUGAUAUGAAUCGCACAGUUAUUGGUUUGUGUAAUAGAAUAAAGUAUAAACUACAACCUUA